UUUUAUUCCUAUUUUCUUUGGAUGACCAUGACACUAAGUGACUAACACUAAGAAAUCAAGAAAUAGUCUACUAAGAACAAAACUAACUAUAAUUAUUAUUAUAUAAUAAUUAAUAAAUAAUAAAUAAAAACUUAUUAAUAUUAAAAAAUAAAUUAAAUAAUAAUUGAAAUAAUAAUAAACAACAAGAAUAAAAUAUUCAAAUAUGGGGGAAAAAAGCAUCAGGAACCUUUUCAGUACCCCUAAGAAUAAUCGCGUCAAUAGUUUGCCAUUAGGAUCAUAUUUAGCUGGGAUUAAUCAUAAUAAUAGUAAUAAUAACAAUGAAAAAACAAACAUAAUAAAAAAAGGAACUCUGGAAAAACAAAGUGUGAAAUUUUUUUCCUCUUGGAAGAUUCGUACCGUCAUACUUACUGAAAAUGUCCUAAUCUGCUAUGAGAACGAAAACAAGAUGACUCCGAUCUAUCUAGAAGGCAAGAGCGUCUCAGAAGUCGAUGUCAGUGAGCUCGGCAGCGGUUUGGCAGCGUCAUCCUCAUCGUCGUCGUCGUCAUCAAAACUCUCUGGGGAUGUUUUUGCCGCCAAGACUGACGAAGAUAGGAAAGAAUGGGUGAAAUGCCUGAAAAGGGUUCUCUACGCUAAAUCAGGAGGAGCUAUAUUUGGUAUGACUCUUGAUGACGUCAUGAUGUAUCAACGAAGGAAAUACAUCAACAACAACGCCAUCAACAACAGCAAUGACGUCUUUAACAACAACAUCAGCAACAACAACAGCAGCAGCAGCAGCAGCAGCAACAACAACAACAGCAACAACAACAACAUUAGCAACAUAUUUAACAACGACAAAUACACAGUACCCGAUAUUGUGUACAUGUGUGUUGAGUUCAUACUGCAGUACGGUUUACAUACAGAUGGCAUUUUUAGACUCUCAAGCAAGGCUUCCUGCAUAUGGAUGCUGCAAGACCAGUUUGAUCGAGGCUUGAGACCUCCUCUGGACCCCCUCCUCAAUAAUAAUAAUAAUAAUAACAACAACAAUAAUAAUAAUAAUACUAAUAACAAUGGUUAUAAUAAUCAUAUUAAUAAUGAUGGACUUAAUAUUAGGAACGCUAAUAACUGUAAUGAUCUCGUUAAUGACAGCAAUAGUACUACUACUACAACUACUACUGCUACUGCUGCUGCUGCUUUUACUACAACUACAACUACUACUACUACUACUAAUAAUAAUAAUAACAAUAGCGUUCAACAGUGGCAACAGCCAAUAGCAAAGGCCCUUUCGACGCCUCUAAAAUUAGACCAAAUUGCUAUGACAUCAUCGCCAAAAAUAACCUUGACGUCAUCGUCGCUAAAAAUAACUCCAUCCUCAUCAUCACCAUUGCAAGCUUCAUCGUCACAAACAUCAUCAUCAUCGUCAUCACAAACAUCAUCAUCAUUAUCGUCAUCAUCACAGACAUCAUCAUCGUCGUCGUCAUCAUCACCUGUGCUGCUAAAUAUAGCACCGACCGAUGUACACACGGUGGCAUCUCUGCUGAAAUCGUAUCUUAUUCAGAUGCCGGAUACCGUUAUACCGAACAAAUACUACGAAGCCAUUAUGACCGUUGUAACUCGAGAGUACAAUAUCAAUAGAGAGGCGUCCAUAGAUAAAAUAUCCGAUGUUAUAUCUAUGCUACCCUGCCAUCACUACAAUUUGUUAAGAUAUUUAAGCGCCUUCUUGAAAGUCGUGGGCGAUAAUGAGUGCUACAACAGGAUGUCUUACUCGAAUUUGGCCAAAGUUUUCUGUAACGCUAUUCUUCAACCUGAGGUUGAUGACCCCGCCCUAUUGAUGGGCACAGCCGAUAAUAGGGCUACGGCCGUCCUGAUAAUAAUCUCGAAUUUCGACCGAAUCUUUAAACUAGAUAAAAAAGAACCGGAUAUCAGGCCCCAGUCUAGAGCUAGAUACUCAACAAUCACGUCAGUCUCAAGUCUGGACUCGAACGAUGACUCUAUUAGUUCUACUUCAACGAAGUCUGAUUCCAACUUAACGCUCGUAAAACCGAAUUUUCCUUAUUCUCCUACUGCUACUGCCGGAUUGGGGGAUAAAAUUAGGGGGGUCAGGAGGGGGUCGUCAAGUCAGCUUUUACCUAGUUUUAGUUUUAACCGGUUUAGAAAUAAGCCAUUCACUAAGGGCGUUGUUCGAAAGACCAGACUGAGUAGAGGUGAUGAUAAUGAUGAUAAUGACGAUGAUAAUGAUACAUUGAACAAUAGUAAUAAUAAUAAUAAUAGCAUCAAUAAUAAUAAUAAUAACAACGACAACAACGUUAAUGCCAUAUUCGGAUUUUUUCAACGUUUCGGUCCAGGCAACGCUAAAAAGGCUCCAGAACAUAAUAAUAAUAAUAAUAAUAAUAAUAAUAAUAAUACUGCAACUACUACUUUUGAUUCUACUACUGCUGCUGCUGCUACUGCUGCUACUUAUACUUCGGCCAUUAGUUUUAACGUAAAUUCUGGUGUGAUUAAAAGUCCUGACAAAACUGCUACUACUAUCAAUACUGCUACUACUACUACUACAACAACAACAACAACAACUACUACUACUACUGCUAAUAAUAAUAAUAAUUAUAAUAAUGAAAACAACGACGAUGAAGAUGACGAUAAUGACUCGAAAAUGGCGAUUUACCGAAAGACUAGACCGAGUUCGAAGCGCCAAAGCAUACGACGAACCAGUUCACUGCUGGGACUAGCUACUAAAGAGAAAGAACACCUACUGGCCGAGCUACUGGAAGACAGCGCCAAGUUUCACCACAGAAAAAUUCCCUACGAUUUGUUAGAUGGUACUUCUAGUAGCUACAGCAGUAGCCACAGUGCCGACACGGACGUGCUUUCACUUGUUAGGCUUGAUGCCAAAGAUAUGAAUGGGGAUGAGCUGGUGGAGUACUGCGCUAAGCUGAAACUACAGCUUGUUAUCACUCAUGAAGAGUCAAUUGAGAAGGAAAGAAAAAUCGAAUUCCUAAACGAGCAAUUAGCUAACAGUAAGAACGAGCUGAAGAUGGCCGUUGACAAAGUCGUCCAACUCCAAGCCACACUGGAGAGUUAUGCCACUAAAUACGAUUAG